ACCAACCCGUAUUGCACUGUGUCCCCGCAGGCGCCCUCCCAGUGCUCCCAGUUGCCCCAGUCGCAGCGCCGCCAUGCCGCACCAGUACCCGGCUCUCACCCCGGAGCAGAAGCAGGAGCUGCAUGACAUCGCCAAGCGCAUCGUGGCGCCGGGGAAAGGAAUCCUGGCCGCUGAUGAGUCCACCGGCAGCAUCGCCAAGCGGCUGAGCUCGGUGGGGGCCGAGAAGACGGAGGAGAACCGGCGCUGGGAGGGGAUUGGGGCGACUGGGAUGGACUGGGAUGGACUGGGAUGGACUGGGAGGUAGUAGAGUCCCACUUAG